AUGAUAUCCUAUUUGGACUAUAACUUUCUAAAAAUCUACCUCCUUUUGGCGCCCUGGUUGGGCUUUGUAGCCUCUUUGGUACUCAAUCUAUGUGGUGAUAUUUUUCCUAAAUUAUGGAGACUUAGACGCCAUCAAGAAAGAAAGUUCCUAUGCAAGCCUGCACCCAACCCUCAGUUACCAGGCCCUAUACCAAAUCAUGAAGCCGUUCCAGGCCCUGCAACUCAAGCUUACAGAGAAAGGGAAGCUAUAGUCCCCUCUAACAAAAACCCAGCAUACACAUUUAAUAAGUGCCAAGACAAUUCAAUAGAUUAUGCCGAUGCGCCAUAUUUGCCUCAACUUAUGGGAAGUGCAAGAGGGGCUAUUACAAAGGUCUUAAAGGAAGAUGGGGAUCCUAGUAAUAUUGAAAACUAUAGUGCAAGUUAUCACCAUCCUUACCAUAGAGGAAACCAGCAUUUGCUUCUUUCAAAAAGUGAUAUAGAUGAGUAUAUAACUAGAUCUGCAGGAGAAAUCGAUAAAAAGAUUGAAACAUACUUAAGAGAAGAGUCCGGAAAAAUUCUUUUAAGAUUAGAAAUAGUUUUUAUUGAGGCUUAUACUUAUCGUAGGUCCCUUGGUGGUUCAUAUAUUCCUACACCAAUGAGGCUAGUGUCGAGGCGAGAGUUAAUUAAA